GUGCGUGAUAUCCAUGUUCUUAGUGUGACUUUAAAAUCUGCACACUUAAAAUUCAACGAUAUCCAACACGCCCGAACAAAACUCGAAAAUACGAACGACUGUGUUGACGACCUCCAUCCAUCCGUCAGUAGACAUCCAACUAUCUUAACGCCUGGCAUAUAUCUGGUCGCGCACGUUCCUCCAAAAAGACGUCUUCUUGCUUGAUUAUUUUUUCCUUCCUAUCUGAAAAAAGCCGACUUCUUUCUUUUAACGGGUAAUACACUUAUACUAAUAUGGCCGAUUCGGACAGUGGUUGGAAAUUUGCUCAAUGCUUUGGUGACAAGGGCGAGGUCGAGGACAUUACAGAAGCUGACAUUAUCUCGACCGUGGAAUUUGACCAUACUGGUGAUUACCUUGCCACUGGAGAUAAAGGAGGACGAGUAGUAUUAUUUGAACGCAACGAUGGGAAGAAAGGUUGUGAAUACAAAUUCUACACCGAAUUUCAAUCGCACGAGCCUGAAUUCGAUUAUUUGAAAAGCUUGGAAAUUGAAGAAAAGAUUAACAAGAUUAAAUGGUGCAAGCGACAGAAUGCUGCGCAUUUUUUAUUGUCUACCAACGACAAGACUAUCAAACUUUGGAAAGUGUUUGAAAAAUCUUUGAAAGUUGUCGCCGAAAAUAAUUUAAAUGAUGGUGCACGACCUCAAAAUGGCAGAAUCCAACAGCUGAAGUUACCGAAACUUACACAUCACGACACAAUUAUUGCUGCCGUUCCUCGCAAAGUAUAUGCUAAUGCUCAUGCAUAUCAUAUUAAUUCCAUAUCUAUUAAUUCUGAUGGUGAAACGUAUAUAUCUGCGGAUGACCUAAGAAUCAAUUUAUGGAAUUUAAAUAUUAGCGACCAAAGUUUUAAUAUUGUUGAUAUUAAACCAGUUAAUAUGGAAGAAUUAACUGAAGUUAUUACCGCAGCAGAAUUUCAUCCUCUUCAUUGUAAUUUGUUUAUGUACAGUAGCAGUAAAGGGACUAUAAAAUUAAGUGAUAUGAGGGCGGCGGCAUUAUGUGAUCAACAUGCAAAAUUAUUUGAGGAACAAGAAGAUCCUGCCAAUAAAUCUUUUUUCUCAGAAAUUAUUUCAUCUAUUUCUGAUGUUAAGUUCAGCAAAGAUGGAAAGUAUAUUCUUUCGCGUGACUAUUUGACUCUGAAAAUCUGGGACAUAACUAUGGAAAAUCGACCACUGAAAACAAUCAAUAUUCAUGAUCAUUUGCGAAAUAAACUUUGUGAUCUUUAUGAAAAUGAUUGUAUUUUUGACAAAUUUGAAUGUACUUUUAGUGGGGAUGGACAAAAUGUCCUAACUGGCUCGUACAAUAAUUAUUUCCAUAUUUAUGACCGAGAGGGAUUGUCCGAUAUUGCUUUGCAAGCUGAUAAGAGUGCAUUCAAAGCUAAGCGUGUCGGAUCAGCAAAGAAUAAGUCGAUGCUUUCGCGUGGAAAAACUAAUAAUAGAAAGGAAGAAAUUAACGUUGAUGCCAUUGAUUUUAAUAAGAAAAUUCUUCACGCUUCAUGGCAUCCAAACGAAAAUUCGAUUGCUGUGGCUGCAACUAAUAAUCUUUUCAUUUUUACCGAGUUAUAAUAGAUAGACUUUUUUAUUCUUUUUUUUCCUUUAAAAACAUCAUUUGUAAAUUCUUUGUCACGGUCGUCAAAAUUGAUUUUUUGGUUAGAGUAGUGGUGUGCAUUUUUAGUUGUUCACUUUUCAUGUCAUUAUUUAUAUUUUCUUUUGGGCUUGGUUUCAAAUUUGUUUUAAAAACAUUCUCUCACUCACAUCUCUAAUUAUUUUAUAUCUGAAAUGGGGUAAUACUUUGAAACAUUUGUAACCUUGCUUCUUCUAUUAUUAUAUAUUUUUUUUUUCUGUUCAUUCUCCUUGGAUGUUUAUGUUGAUAUUUUUUUUG